GAUCAAUUGCCAGCUUGUUUUUUCACGGAAGAAGAACACAAACAUUGCAUAAAAUUUGCAGACCAGCGUCGUUUUUAAUCAUUUCACCUGGACCAAGACAGUUGUAAGUUGGAAAUUAAAAAAAUGGAUUUUAUGCCGAUUUCUAUGUACCGCCCCGGGGGCUACCAACAGGCUACGCCUUUUAGAGAUCUUCUGUCGUACAUGUUACACGAUGAGCUUGGAAUGCCCGUCGGCUACCAACAACCUAGAAGGAGGGAGGCCCCAGAGAAAUGGCACAAGUCAUUCCGAAUGGACGGGUACCACCCCGACGAAGUUAAGGUCGCCGUGCAGGACGGUACGGUGCAGAUAAACGCCAGACACGAGAGGGGGGACGAGGAUAACAGAGACGUCCGCGAGUCUAGACGGACCCUCAGGAUUCCCCAGGGGGUGGACCAGAGUAAACUGCACUGCUUCAUGGACCACGACAACCAUUACGUCGUUGAGGCGCCAUUCUUGCCCCGGGAAGAGGAGCGUGAAGUGGAGGUGAAGGUCCAGGACGUGCCGGCCAUUACCCAGGGGAAGGAUGAAGAAAUGCAGGUGGCGGAGACAGGACAGGCCUUCAAGGAGAAUCUGGACCUGUCCGUGUUCGAGCCCGAUCACAUUAACGUCAAACGCAAGGGCAACGUCAUUUCCGUCAGCGCGGACCACGAUCGCGAAGAGGACGGGAUCAGAGUGAGGCGCAGCUUCUGUCGGGAGUUCACCGUGCCUGAGGACAUGGACUGCAGUCAGGUCCAAGUCUGCCGCGACCCCCAGGGCCACCUGACCAUCAUGGCCCCACCCAGGGAGGAGGAGGAAGAGAAGUAAUUAUCACGUGACGUCUGCAUGCGUGAGCAACAGUGAAUGUUCUGUAUUUUGAUGUUUUGUGCCAUAUUCUAUACAAAGUGACAUAAUAGCAAUUUGCAACCGGUGACAUUGAACAGUUUAUUGGAUCAUUAUGGAUCAUUACCUUAAUACUUCUUUAGCAAAUUAGUAAAACUUUUGUAAUUUUCAGUAUUUGUCAUAGUAGUUGCUCAUUAGUACGAUUGUGUUUGAUAGAAAUAAUUUUGUUGUGAGAAGUACUCUGUAUAUUGUGUUAAAUUAACAUCACAAUAAUUGGUUUGGUUCGAAAUUAAACCAGUUCAUUAAGAAAA